CACCUUCUAGCGUUUGUUUGUGGACCGCCAUGAUACCAGAAAAGAAGAGGACAUCGCUUAGAAAAUGGGGGCUUGCAUGGCCUUGUGCUCCCUUGCUAGCUGUGCCUCCUGUCUGUGUGGCUCCGCUCCGUGUCUGCUAUGUGGCUGCUGUCCCUCCUCCAGAAACUCCACCGUCACCCGGCUGGUGUUCUCCUUCUUUCUACUCCUAGGGACCCUGGUGUCUGUCAUCAUGAUCCUCCCUGGCAUGGAGGCACAGCUCCAAAAAAUCCCAGGCUUCUGUCAGGGUGCGAGCACCAUACCAGGCAUGGAGAACCAGUUUAACUGUGAUGUCAUUGUGGGCUACAAGUCGGUGUACCGCAUGUGCUUCGCCAUGACCUGCUUCUUCUUCCUCUUCUCAGCCAUCAUGGUCCGUGUCCAGAGCAGCAAAGACCCGCGUGCAUCCAUUCAGAAUGGUUUCUGGUUCUUUAAGUUUCUGAUCCUGGUCGGCAUCACCGUGGGAGCCUUCUUCAUCCCGGAUGGAACCUUCCAUACUGUAUGGUUUUACUUUGGCGUGGUUGGCUCCUUCAUCUUCAUCGUCAUCCAGCUUAUCCUUCUCAUCGACUUUGCACACUCUUGGAACAAGAUAUGGGUGGGGAACGCCGAGGAGGGCAACUCAAAGUGCUGGUUUGCAGGCUUAUUGUCGUUCACCUUCCUCCACUACGCACUGGCCUUCACCUCAGUGGUGCUGUUCUACAUCUACUACACCCAGCCUAACGACUGCACUGAGCACAAGGUCUUCAUCAGCCUCAACCUCAUCUUCAGCGUUAUCAUCUCCAUCGUCUCCGUCCUGCCCAAAGUACAGGAAGCCCAGCCCCAGUCUGGUUUGCUCCAGGCCUCUCUCAUCUCCCUCUACACCAUGUAUGUCACCUGGUCCGCCAUGACCAACAACCCAAACCGUAAGUGUAACCCCAGCCUGCUGAGUCUGGUGUCAAAUGUCAGCUCCAGUGAGCCCACACCCACCAGUGCCCCAGGACAGGUGCAGUGGUGGGACGCCCAGAGCAUUGUGGGUUUGGUCAUCUUCCUCUUCUGCACUCUCUAUGCCAGUAUCCGUUCGUCCAGCAACACCCAGGUGAACAAGCUGAUGCAGACCGAGGAGGGCGGGGGUUAUGGAGGAGAGGGCGAGGUAGGGGAGGACGGUGUGCGACGUGCCGUGGAUAAUGAGGAGGAGGGGGUCACCUACAGCUACUCCUUCUUCCACUUCCACCUCUGCCUGGCCUCCCUCUACAUCAUGAUGACACUCACCAACUGGUACCAGCCUGACACCACCACCCAGGCCAUGCAGAGCAGUAUGCCAGCUGUGUGGGUGAAGAUCAGCUCCAGUUGGCUGGGCCUGGGCCUCUACCUCUGGACCCUGCUCGCCCCUCUCAUGUUUCCCGACCGAGACUUCAGCUGAACAGCCCCCCAUGGGGUCACCAUGGGCUUGUAAGAUGUUGUGUGGAAGUUUAUUAUAAUUCUUUAAAAUACAAGUAAGCAUUUUUGCAUUGGUCUCUGUUGGUGUGUUUAAUCUUUUGUUUUGAUUUAUUUUACAUGUUAUUAAUUAUCUACCUUGGCUGCAUGGGGUAUGGUUAUCACUACAUUGUUAGAUAUUAUUGGAUGCUUUUAAGGGGCUUUUAAUAUCCAUACUGAGAAUGUUUUAUUGAUUUAGCCAUUCAAUUAUUUUAUUUGCCUAUAUGCAAAACUGCACUUAACUCUGUCUACCUUAACACAAUCUUCUGAGAUGAGCAUCGGUUUGUCCCAGAAUGCACAUUAGUGAACUAUAGCAAAGACUUGAUAACAGGCGCUUAUUACCUCACUUUUACAAUAAUAUAUUAGUUGGGAUUCCCAUGUUGUUAAAGUAGGCCUGGUUCCAGUUGAUUGUAUUUGUAUUUAUUAUGGAUCCCCAUUAGCUGCUGCCAAAGCAGCAGGUUGGGGAUUCCCCCUCAUUGGCUGAGCUCCCGCAGUUCUGGAGCUUUAAGAGUGACCCUCUCCAGAGCCCUAGAGAGACGGUGUGUGAGGGAGAUAAACCAGGGGGGCACACCCUCGAGGGGGUUCUCCGAGUCUGAAAUGAUGUAAUAUGUACACAUCCUGAUUAAAGCUCACUGGACUGUGAAGUAUCAACCUA